CUUUGCUUUGCUUUGUGUGUGCGUAGAGAACACACGGGGACGCGCUUUAGGUAUAUCCCACCAUGAGAGCGAGCUCACUUGGAGUGAGGUUUGAACACAUAAACCCAAGUUCAAAUGGUGGGCAGCUACAAGGAGGGUAGAAUGAUUACACUGUGUACUAUCCAAUGAUUGAGCUGCCUCGCCUUGGGUCUUGUUAAAAAUGCCCUAGUGCAAGGAAGGAAGGAAGGAAGAUGAAGUCCAUGGACAACCAUAAUAGCUGGCUGGGCUUCUCGCUCUCCCCUCACAUGAGCAUGGAGCUUUCUGUCGACUCACACCACCAACCGCAUAACCACAGCCAUCAUCACCAAUCUCAGCCCACUCCUGAUGCUGUCUCUGCACUCGCUGGCAGUUUCUUCCUCUCUGCUACUCAUCAGCUAAGCAGCUCCGGUUUCAGCUUCGGGGUCAGCGAGAAUGGAGGAGGCCAUGGAUACUACUCACAGUUGUCUUCCAUGCCACUGAAGUCUGAUGGGUCUCUCUACCUCGUGGAAGCCCUCAGCAGAUCACAACAACAAGAAGCAAUGGUGCCUUCUCCAUCCCCCAAACUGGAAGACUUCUUAGGCUGUGGUCCAAAUAUGGGGACCCAUCAUCAGUAUGGGAACAAUGAUAGGGGAGCGAUGGCUUUAAGCUUGGACAGCAUGUACUACCAGCAGAACCCAGAGCCUGAGGGUAGCAGAAGCCAUCCUUCGGACAUCCUCCAUGAACAACUCCCAUACUUGCAGCCACUGCAGCAAGGGAUCUGCUCCCUGCUCACCAGCCAUGAGAUGUACCAGGCUCCAUUACAAGGUCAUGCCGUGAGGAAUGAAGCCGUGCCAAGGCUCAAAACCUGGGUGCCCAUGGAUUAUAAUGGUGGCAACGCCGGUCCGGUGGGUGCCAUGGGAUACGGGGAGUUGCAGUCCUUGAGCUUGUCCAUGAGCUCUGUUUCACAGUCCAGUUGUGUCACAGCACCACAGCACGCCUCUUCUGCUACAGCGAAUGACUACGUCACCUUGGAUCCAACAAAGAAGAGAGGAACCGGGAAAGGAGGCCAGAAGCAGCCAGUUCACCGCAAGUCGAUCGAUACAUUUGGUCAGAGAACAUCCCAGUACAGGGGUGUCACCAGGCAUAGAUGGACCGGCAGAUAUGAAGCUCAUCUUUGGGAUAACAGUUGCAAGAAGGAAGGACAAACAAGGAAAGGAAGACAAGUUUAUUUGGGUGGUUAUGAUAUGGAAGAGAAAGCUGCGAGAGCCUAUGACUUGGCGGCACUCAAAUACUGGGGAACAAGCACACACAUCAACUUCCCGUUGGAAGAUUACCAGGAAGAGCUCGAAGAAAUGAAGAACAUGAGUCGGCAGGAAUAUGUUGCCCAUCUGAGAAGGAAGAGCAGUGGGUUCUCGCGAGGAGCCUCGAUGUACCGAGGAGUGACGAGGCAUCACCAGCACGGAAGGUGGCAAGCUCGCAUCGGGAGGGUCUCCGGAAACAAAGAUCUUUAUCUUGGAACCUUCAGCACCCAGGAGGAAGCAGCCGAGGCGUAUGACAUCGCUGCCAUCAAGUUCCGUGGAUCCAACGCCGUCACCAACUUCGACAUGUCGAGAUACGACGUGGAGAAGAUAAUGGCGAGCAGCACUCUGCUGUCGGGUGAACAUGCAAGAAGAAACAAGAACAUGGACGCCCCGGGUGUCGUCCCUGUAGCAGAGCAGCCAGCGCCGAUCUCGGAAGAGCAAACGCAGAGACUGGAAUUCGAGCCCGAGAUCUUCACGACGAAUCUUGAUGGUCUGGUCGGCGGUGAUCCGGGGAAUGGUCAGGGCAUGGAUUCUGAGAGGACCGAGGUUUCCAUGCUCUUCGGAAAGGCCUCAUCAAGGUUCAUCAGCACUCCAGCAUCAAACACAUGGAUGGCACCAGCCCAGAUGAGGUCGGCACUGCCUCUGGCUCACAUGCCAGUUUUUGCUGCUUGGACAGAUGCAUAAGCAUCAUCAUCUCUGACGUCUCAGCAAGCACAGCUGCAGAUAGCAGCAACCAGGUUGUGACAGGGAAAGCUGGGGAGGGAAAUGGUGUGGUCAUGUUAAGCUGGUUCUAGUGGAGAUUGGUGCUCCAUCCAUGAGAUCAGGCCUCAGGCCUUCCUCAGUGGACUGCAAGUGUUUUGUAUCUACUCAUUUGGUCCAUUUGGGGGAGAAUUUUGCAGUGUUGAGGCUUGGGAGCUUAUGGAGAUACUAGUUAUCUUUGAUGAUGAUUUGGUUUGGUUCA